AUGACCAAGCAAGAAAUCAUCAACUAUGUUAGCUUUUUGAAAACAAGGAACUUACAGGCUUAUUUUGCACCAUUGAUUCAGCUGUUGAUGCAGCACAAAGACAACCAUGGUAUUUUUAACACGCCUGUUGACCCGGAUGUCCAGAACUUGCCUACAUACUAUUCCAUUAUCAAGAAGCCGAUGGAUCUGGGUACUGUUCGGGAUCGCUUAGCAAGCGGGUACUACACUUCUCAGAGUGAAAUAAUGGAUGACAUUUCUCUAGUGUUCAGAAAUGCGCAGAAGUUUAACCCGGCCCCUCAUUUUAUUUAUCUGUGCGCCUCUUCUCUAAGCAAGGUUUUCGAAAGCGAAGCAGCAAAAAUCCAAACUCGCAUUGAGCAGAAUCGUGUGAAUCAAGCCAACCAUUUCUGCUCUUCUUGCCGAGGAACGCCCUGUCGAAUCUGCGGCGAGAAGUGCUUGAGGUAUAGUCCUCCCGUGUUUGUUUGCGAUGGCGAUUGCCACGGACGCAUUUUGCGAUGCUCGACCUACUACAUCAUCCGUGGACAGAAAGGACGGUACUGUCAGAAGUGCUAUGCAAAGAAGAUCGCGGGAAUGGACAAAGCGGACCGCAAGAAUCUCCUCGUGAAGAAGAAGAACGACGAGAUGUUUCCGGAAUCCUGGGUGCAAUGUUCACGCUGCCACGAGUGGCUCCACUGUAUCUGCGGCUUGGUUCAUCCUCGCCAAGUCACCAACAACUACGUCUGUCCGAUCUGUCUCUCGGAAGACCCGCGAAGAAUACCGAAGCCUGUCCAGGGAGCGGCUGCGAUCCCGACCUGCUCGUUGAGCGAGUACUUAACGGAGAGAGUGCGUCAGCGUGUGGAUGAAGUGGUGCAGAAGUUGCCGAAGCGAUUUCGCCCUUCCGAAUCCGAGCAGACGAGAAUCAAACAAAGCCUGAUCGUGCGAGUCGUGAGCAACAUCACGACCUCCGUGACGGUGAAGAGAUCGAUCGCGCCUCUCUUCACCACCAACCACUCCGACGAGCUCUCGCUGCCCUACCGGAGCAAGUGCAUCGCGUUCUUCCAGCACCGCAACGGCGUGGACAUUCUGUUGUUCGUGCUGUAUGUCCACGAAUUCGACGAGAACACCAUCCCUGCCAAUCGUCGCUGCGUGUACAUUUCCUAUCUGGACAGCGUCCACUUCCUCUCUCCCCGCUAUCUCCGCACUCCCCUGUACCAUACGCUUCUCAACGGCUAUCUGGCCUAUGCGAAAUCGAACGGGUAUUGCCGCGCACACAUCUGGGCAUGCCCUCCUUCGCGCGGUGAUGACUACAUUUUCCCUCAUCACCCCCGCGAUCAGCGAACGCCCAACGCGGACCAUUUGAUUGGAUGGUAUCGCCAGUUGUUGGCGGAAGCCGUCGAGGCCGGGAUCGUGAGCCACGCCUCGUGCCAAUUGGACGAGCUUCUCCAUAUCAACGCGGUGCGGAGCAAUAAUCCGGAUAUCAACCAGCGGCAGAUUCGAUGCUUUUCGAUUCGAGAGGGCGCCGAAACAGAACUCCCCGGACUCCCCGGACUCCCCGGGACGCCAUUGGAGCGAGCCCAGGGAUCUCCGUUUUCCCUGUCGUCGUGUUCGUCCGUCUAUGAAACGGAGAACGAGAACGACUCGGAGGUGGGGAUGGACAUCAUCAACGAGAACGAAGCGUUCUUCUCGUCCGAUAUCUCCUCGAUGAGUCUCCCGACGCCCUCGAUCCCUUCCAUCGACUCCACGACCCACCCUUCCUCUGCCUCCCUGCUCGCUUCGGAGUCGCUGAGCGAGCUGGAGCGCGUUCUCCUCUUGACCGUUCCUUAUUUCGAGGGGGAUUAUCUUCCCUGCAUGGGCGAAGACAUCAUGGACGAGAUCUACCAGGACAGUUUGAAGCCCAAAGUCGUUCGCAGCGUUCGCAUUCAUCGCCUCCUGACAUCUAGACGCCUCCUCUCUCGCGCGCCUCCUCCAUUUCUUCUUCGUCCAAGCACAGAGCCGAGCUUCGCGACCGAAUUCUCAGAGACAACAUUCUGCAGUUGCCUUCCGAGUUCCUCCGUCGUUACGCGAAGUCCAUGCUGGAGAAUCCUGCUCGCUUCAUGA